GAAACAAGCAUUGAUGGACAGAGAGAAGGGGAGCGAACUGGAGCCUCCCGGCGGAGCUCCCCCCAAGGCGGGCAGGCGGACGACGCCAGAUAGACGGAAACAUGGCCGCCUGGCCCUUUCGAAUCAUCAGCUCAACCAGCCAGCCAACCAGCCCCCCACUCAGUCUGUCCUGAUGCACAAAAUAUGACGAGGUGCGACCCGCAGCCAGACUUUCAGGACAGUAUUGAUCACCCGACAAUCGCACCAUGAGCCUUGAUCCGAGCUCGUUUCCGAGGUCCAACUCCCCCGCAAGCUCCGACAGCUCUCUCACGCGCUCCCGACUACGGGGGAAGGAAGAACCUUUGAAAAAGGACAAGAACUACCGUCGCUAUGCUACCACGGUGGAACGGGCUCUGUCGUUGUUCGACACCGCGUUGCAGGAAUGGGCGGAUUACAUUUCGUUCCUCAGCCGGCUGCUGAAGGCCCUCCAAUCUCACCCGGUGGACCUCCCUAUUGUGCCUCAUAAACUACUGGUUGCGAAACGCCUUUCUCAGUGCCUGAACCCUUCAUUGCCGUCCGGUGUUCAUCAGAAAGCUCUCGAAGUUUAUACAUACAUAUUCAAUCUAAUCAAGCCGGAAGGACUGUCGCAGGACCUACCUUUGUAUCUCCCCGGAAUCGCGCCCACGUUGACAUUUGCUUCACUUACCGUUCGUCCCCUUUUUCUGUCUCUGACGGAGACAUAUAUAUGCAGCCUAGAACCAUGGGCGAUUCGACCGGCUUUAAAGGCCAUCAUUCUGGCCCUUCUGCCAGGGUUGGAGGAGGAAACAAGUGACGAUUUUGACCCUACGAUGCGACUCGUCAAUAAAUUUCGCGACAUCGCGAGCAAGAUGGAUACGUAUAAACAGGGAGAAGAGGCCAGCCCUAGCGGCCAUUACUUCUGGCAGUGCCUAUUUCUUGCGUCCAUCACCAGUCCUAGCCGACGUGCAGGUGUACUUGCUUAUCUGAACCGCUAUCUCCCGAAGCUGGGCAUCACGGACCGCAGGCCGAGCAAAGGCGAUGUGAGCGAUGCUCCGGACCUACCUCAUGACAUUUCCGUGGCAGCUGAUUCAGUAAUCCUGCCGGAACCUGGCUUGCUGAUUCGGUGUUUCGCAACUGGGCUGGCAGACGAGCAAGUGCUUGUCCAGCGGAAUUUCCUCGAUUUGCUUGUGACACAUCUGCCACUGAGCUCGCCUAUCUUGCAAUCCCGAAUUACCAAGGACGACCUCCAGAGACUGAUAAUUGCAGCCGUGGGGGUUGUGUCGCGGCGAGACAUGAGCCUGAACAGGAGGUUAUGGUCCUGGCUCCUCGGCCCAGAACCUUCGAACGACCGGCCUUCAUUUGAAGUCCGCAACUCCAUAUCAGACAAUGCGUAUCAACCGGGUCCUGAUGCCCAGGAAAUAUCGCAGUCCGAGUAUUUCAGUAGAUUCGGGCUGACUCCUCUCGUAAACGGCCUGCUCGGUAUGAUUGAAAGAGACACAGAGGUACCUUCGGAAAAGACAAGGCCAUUCCGCAUAUCUCUUUCAUUGAUGGACCGGUGGGAAGUUGGCGGCUACAUUGUACCAGAGGUUUUCUUGCCAAUCAUGCGAAGUGUUCAAGCCUUUGAAUCGAAAGCGCCCAGAAGCCAGUUUGAGGAAGUUUUCCGCAGUGCCAGCUCUUUCUUUGACGGUGUGGAAAGCGGGGUCAUUUUCUCUGAACUUCUCUAUCUGAUUGAUUGGAAGUCCCAUGACCUAGCUUCUGGAAACGAAAAAGUACUAAAAAAUCUGGAACUUGCGCAUUUUAUUCUGGAAAACUUCAAUGUGCGCGAAGAAGACAUGGUGCUUGCACACGUACCCUUACUGACUCUUUCUACCGUCAUCAAAACGAGCGAUCUCUCCCCAGAAAAGAAUCCCAGACUGAGUGCUGAUCAGCUACAUCUUGUGGCAAGCGGGUUAUCCAAAGUUAUGAAUUCUUUAACUGGGCUACUUACCGAGAGGGCUUUCUCGAUGAAGUCAGAUACACUUAAGGGGGACAGCUCUAGCUCUGACUUAGCUGGCUCUGAUAUCCUAAGCAGGAUACAUGCCUUUUAUGAACAAAGCAAAAACAGCCUGGAUCCUCAGCCACUUCCCUUCGCCCCUAAGCCCCUGGGAGAACUCAUUGUUCGGAAUGCCUACGAGCAAGCUAUCGAAGCCCUCGAUGGUCACGGUGACGCCACACAGAUACACGAAAGAAUGAGCCUUCUCAUCAUAAAGCUGAAGAAACUCCCGAAGACACGGUUGUUACGCGAUAGGCGCCUUUACCUAGCACUUUGCAACCGUGUUCGCACCGAACAAGUCGAGACGUCCACUGCCUCCUUCUCGGCCAUUUCCUCCAUCGCUUCCGCCAUGACGAGCAUGUACUUUAUCCACAGUCCUGGGUAUUAUAUCAGCUAUGAAGAUGUCUCCGACUUGAUACCGGCGCUUGUUGGCCGCCUGUGGCAAUUUCUCUCACCGUUAAACCCCAAGUUUCAUGUCGAGGCAGUUCGUUCCUUAUGGCACUUGCAUUCUGUCUCGUGGUCGGAUCAUCUAGUUGAGGCUGCCAUUGCCUCCUUGAUGGUUGAUGUACCCGGCGGAUAUCGCCAAGUAUCGUCAGCAGAGCAAGCCGGACGGUAUUUUGUUCUCUGGGCUCACAGUCACCACGGCACAUAUGAGCUUCCUCCGAAGCAUCUCCAUGUUUCCCCCCAGUCCGGAAUCUCAUACCAAUCCUCGAUGCUUGAGCGCCCUCUCUUCAUUGCUUUGGAUUUGCUCAAUCAGGGUGUAAAUGAGGCUUCUCAGACCGUGCACCGUUGGCUCGAAGAUCUGUCUUCCAUACACAAGGUCUUCCGUAUGGUUGUUACGAGACUUGACCGUCUCUUCCAACGGUCCGAUAGCUUGGAGCCAGACACUGCGAAUCCAACCAUCUCCCCUGAAGAUUACAAAGAGUGCAACUAUCUAUUGCAGACAAUUUCCAAUCUGAUAUCAACGCUUGCCCAUAACGGAUGGAUCAGUCUGCUCACGCAGACGCUGGUCCUAGUUGAGAAACACAAGGAUAGCCCCACAUCAGAAGAUAACGUUGGUGCUCAAAGCCUUCAUGCCGUCAUAUUCCAAUCAUCUCUUAAAGUGGUUAGUGGGCAUACAACGACCGCCGCGCAGAGUUUGGAGGAGGUUAAACUGCAACAAACUGCCCUGCUUGUCAUGCGCCAGCUUCUACUGGGUCCUGGAGCCGAAGAAGUGGCUGAGUCGGGGAUUGACUCGUUCUUAGUUGAUCGGCUCUCCAGUGUGCUCGAUAAAGGCGGCAGUGUCGCCAUUCAAGCGGCACUAAUUGACACUCUUCUCGCGGCGUUAAAGGUUCGGUUCGCUCAGGCAUACCUUCCACCUCCCCCACCACGGCCAAAGCAUCAAAGAGUCGGGUCCCGGGAGCGUCUGACUAGUCCUUCCAUCUUGUCUUUCACAAGCGACAAACCAGAUAGGACGCCUAUAAUGCCUCUUCUUCCUCAACCCCCUCAGCAGCUUCUUGAAUGCCUUCUCAAGGGCAUAAGCUCCCCCAAUUCCAGAGAAAUAGUGGAGAGGUGGACCGUAUUGCUUUGUGAAGUGCUUCCGCUGUAUACGGGAUCGAUCUUCCAAAUCCUCUUGAUGUUGGUGGAAUGUUUUUGCAAGGAAAUCCAACUAGCAUAUGCGAGCCUACAGCUAUCAUUCAAGCGUACCGAGGGUUGGCCUGAGGAUCGUUCUGAGCACGCCACAAUCGCUUUACUCACUGGUCUCGAAACAUGCAUUGCAACUGCCCACGAGCGUCUGCUAGUGGAAGAAGCCAAUGUGCCGGCCGCCAAAAGCCCGGACCAGAAUCAUGGGUUCUUUGGAAACAUGGUGUCGGGUGUCUUUGCAUCUGAAGCGAGUCAUACUCGAUCCAGUGCAGCGAAUAACCGACUUACCGUUUUGCUUUGCUUCCAAGACGCCGUGAGACUUUGCUUUUCGAUCUGGUCAUGGGGCGCGGUAGAGCGCAGCACCCUUCCCCAAGACCCGGAAUCUCUGGCCUCAUUCCAAUACACAUCUCUCCGCAUGAGGAAUCGAUCGCGUCGAAUUCUUGAACACCUUUUCACGGCCGAGGCGCUCGAGUGUCUUGAGACCGCGGUGGAGGUGUGGACCAAAUCCGACCCCGAUACUUCGUCCCUGAUCAUUAGCCUGCUUCAUACCCUGGACGGAUCUCGACCAAAGAUCACCAUCCCAGCUGUCUUCAACUCCAUCUACACGCGGACAAACCCUGCCGCAUUGGAUCCUGGCCGCAAGUCCACCUUAACCGCAAGUCUGACGGAAUCUGAACUGGCAGGUUUCCUAGUGACCUAUGCUCGAUCACUCGAUGAUGAUGUCCUCGAUGAGAUUUGGGCAGAUUGUACGACGUUUCUACGGGAUGUUCUGAGCAACCCUUUUCCGCAUAGGCAGAUCCUUCCACGGUUAGUGGAAUUUGCUGGGAUCCUUGGAGCGAAGUUGGAAAAUACAAGUUUUGGAGAAGAUCGGCGGAUGAGAAAGGAGCUUGGGGAUGUACUACUCCGUCUGCUGACGGCAAUAUUCACCAGCAAGCCCCUGGGUCUUUCGCCGGAGUCGGCACUUCUUGGUCGGGCAUCAAUCGACUAUGACAGUGCGUCAGUGCCACAUGUUGGGCCGGAUGACAUGCUCAGCAUUCUUGCCGCCUCGAUGCCCGCCUUCACGACCACCCUGGGGGAGUCGGACCGCAUCAACACAGCGGUGUCGGGGAUUUCCACCAAUGUAGUUGGGCCUCUCUUCCGCUCACGCCUCUUCCCGAACAACGUGAGCCGGAACUUCAUGGUCCUGCUCCAGCACAUAGCCAAGAUACCGGUUGCCUCCAAGGUUUGGAGGAAGGAUGUAUCCGACGCCUUCAAUGACCCAAGGUUCUUCGGGAUGCAGAUGGAUCUUGUGAAAGACGGCUGGAUGAACCUUCUGCGGCAAUGGGUGCUUGCAGACAAGGAUCGGUUCUCAGAGCUGAUGGCUCGACUCACUCCGCCGAGUACUGCGGGCAUCAUGUUUGGCGUUGGAGCUUCUGCCGCCCGUCUCGAGGCUGAUCGAAAGGCACAGUUGAAUCUCCGUAGGAUAAGCCUCCUUAUUCUGUCCGCCAGCAAUGAAUACUUCAUUACGGAGCUGCCUGCGCUCCUUCAGAAAUUGGAAGAUCUCUUGGGAGCGACCAGCUCAUCGUCCCCAUCGUCUACGACCCGGUCGGAGGUCUUUAUGGUUCUUCGAGCCCUAGCACUCAAGAGCACAUCCACGACUCUGACCACAUUCUGGCCGUUGAUUAACUCCGAGCUCCAAGAAGCCAUCUCAUCGGUGCCACUCGGACAGCAGCAGGAAGUGUACAACCCAUACGCGCUGCUUCAGGCGUGCAAGCUUCUCGAUACACUGCUCAUCCUAGCGCCGGAUGACUUCCAACUCCUCGAAUGGCUGUAUGUAACCGAUACCAUUGAUGCAGUCUACCCUCCGGAGCGAUUCGAACCUUUGGCACUCGCCGACGAAAUAUCACAGAGUUUGGGUGCACGCGGGUCCGCCUCAUCAGAUGGGCUCGGGGAGACCACCGACAGCCAUGGAGGGAAGCAGCCAAGCUUGACGGCUGACUGGAUCCGUGAAACAGCGAAGGAUGAGAUUGUUGAACGCGUGCUUCGGCCAUUCUUCGAUCAGCUCAGUAUUCAUGCUUUCGAGAGCACGUAUAGCAUGGGCCAUCCGCGGUUGGAUGUCUGCCGCGACGACUUGUUGGCGGAUCUGUUCAAUGAAAGUACGAUGGCUAAUUAACAGCGUAGUCCAUUUGUUCCCGGUUAUCUAGCGAGCUCUUGUAUAAUACCCAAUGCCUGCAUGCCACCUCCGAGGUCAGUUGCACGAUCUGCAGUCUCUGUACUAGAUAGACUUGACCAUUUCAGCGUUGCUUUUGGGCGUCUGGUAAUUAUCGAUCCG